UUAGUGCGUAUUGACAGCCCAGCUCCGCAGCUGCCUAGCAGCCCUCGCCCCGCGGUCCGCACCUCUUUCUCCGUGUGUCAGAACCGGGCAGAACCCCCCGCAGCGGGCCUUGCUGCUUACCCAGAGACAGGAGCCGGAGCCCGGGCAGCGGCUGGGCUGUUCUCCGGUCUGCAUGAGAGGAGAACCGGACGCAGCGGUGACUCCUGACCGUUACUCCGCCUGGAUCGAUGUGAUUCCCGGAGGAAAGUAAAGAUGGCAGCCGCUGGUCCCUUCCGGACCCGGUAGUUUCACGGACAGAUCUGCUCCCACCGCAGCCGCCAUGUCUGCGACCCAGACCCAGAAGGAGGGCAGCGAGGCGGGAUGGGGCUCUCUGGAGGCUUUGGGUCUCAGCCAGAGGGAGCUGGUUCUGGCCGAGGCGCUGCAGAUGGAGUACGACGCUCUUUCCAGACUCAAACAGGACAAGACCGGAACCGGGACCGGGUCUGCCCUCCCAGAACCCGGCGCUCCCAGCCAGACGGGCCUAAAGACUCCAGAGCCUUCCACACCGGGACAGAACCUCCCCACCUCCUCAGAGGACCUGCUGCUGGACCUCUCUGGACCCGACUCCUCCCCCAACCAGCCGGGGGGGUCCCAGUUCCCGCUGCCCCUCCCACCCAGACCAGCGCCCCCUGCUGGGGUCUUCAUGAAGGAGACACCCUACAUCCUGGACAGUCCUGAGCUCAGAAAGUUCUCAGGUUCUGGUUCUGGUGACUCGGUUGGACCCGGCUUAGGGUUCCUCUCUAAAGGCUCCUCCCUGCCUGACGACGUUCCCCCCGCCGUGCCGCCCAGGCACCCCCUUCCCCUUCCGUCGGGGUCAGAGCUGCCCCUGCUGCCCCCCCGGCCCUCCACCCGGGACGUUAACCUGUUCCACCCUGGGGGCGACCAGCUGAAGGUGACCUCAGCGGAGCUGAACUAUGACCUCAUCAACGACUCGCUGGCCAGACUCAACGAGGGUCGCCCGGCGCCGCCAGCCCGCUGCGCCAACGGGGAUCAAUCAGGGAAGCCCGUGUCCCGCAGUAAGACCCUCCCCCCACAGGUGCCUCCCAGGACCUACACACCUGCAGCGAAGAGCAACAAGAACCAGCGCAGGGUUUCCGCUGACCCGGUGCGUCUGGGCUCCAGGACCAACGGGUUUGGAUACGAACUGUUCCAGGUGUCGGAGGAGAGAGACGAGGAAGUGGCAGCGUUCUGUCACAUGCUGGAUGUGCUACGCUCAGCGUACCCCAGCAGCAACCGCUCUAGGAACGCCGGCUUCGUGUGGUCGCCAUCGGUCGGCCAUGAUGAGCUGCACCAGGCUCUGGGCGUGGCCGUCAAGGUGACGGUGGCUUGCGAGGCGUUCAGGGAACCUCUGACCUUCACCUGCGACGGCUCGUCCACGGUGGACCUGCUGAUCUACCAGACGCUGUGCUACACCCAGGACCAACUGGACCAUCUGGACGUGGACGACUACCUGCUGAAGGUCUGCGGACACGAGGAGUUCCUCAGCAAUUCUCAGACUCUGGCCGGUCUGGAGUUUGUCCAACAGUGUCUGAAGUUUGACUGGGACAUUCGGCUGUUUCUCACCAAGAGAUCUGCUGUCAACACCAAGCUGGCUCGCACGAAGGAAGACGAUGACACGCCAUCCUCCAUGAACCACUGCAUCCUGCUGCAGGAGCGUCCCAUUAAACAGACGGUCACCAGGGAGGCUCUGACUCUGCUGCUGGACACCUUUCACAACGAGGCUGAGUCCUUCCUGCUGUCAGAGGUGGAGCUACUCCUGCACGUGGAGCGCCUCGUCCAAUCAGUGAAGGCGCUCUGCAAUUCACUGGCUGCCGUGGAAACACCGGAUGUGACAGCGGCCCUUAACCAGCUCCCAGCAUGCCCCUGUCGCCUACAGCCCAAGGUUCUGAAGGAUGCAUCAGUGCUGUCCCUGCGGGAAAACAGAGAGUCUGUGGUGGAGAAGCUGACGGCGGCCAUCUUGGACCUGGUGGAGCUGUACUGCAGCACGUUUAACGCCAACUUCCACACGGCGGCGCAGAGCCGGAGCUGCACGGCGCCAGUCCAGGAGGCUGGGCUCGUCACCAACGUGCUGUCCUUCAACGUGUACGCUGCCCAUCGCGUCCCCAUCACCUGGGCAACCAGCUACGAGGGUUUCUUCCUGUCCUGCUCUCUGACUCAUGGAGGGGCGGAGCUCUGCGCGCCGCAGCACACCAGCAAACAGGCCGUCAGUAAAUACCUGUUCCACCUGGUGGUGUGGGACCAGAGGGUGUGUUUCCCAGUGGAGAUUACCCAGCUGCCCCGGGAGUCCCAGCUCACGGUGACGCUGUACGCCAGCCCUCUACCGCCCCCUGGAGGAGCCGAGGAGAAGGGCAAGCAGCGGCGCAGCACGGAGCCUCUGGGCUGGGUCACCAUGCCGCUCUUCAACUUCAGACAUGUGCUGACGUGCGGCAGGAAGUUGUUGGGUCUGUGGCCAUCAACCCCAGGGAGGAGCGGAAACGCCAGAACCAGUUCUCCCAACUUCAGCCAGCCAGACAGCGUCAUCCUGCAGGUGGACUUCCCCACCUCCUCCUUUGAGGUGAUCUUCAGCACGCCGCCCCCUGCUGACUUCUGUCCUCAGUACGAGUUCAGCAGGCUGGACACGAUCAGCCAGAUCCAGCUGCAGGACGUCUUGCAGAAGAAGGCCUUCCACUGGCUGACGGCGGACGACAAGCGGCUGCUGUGGGAGAAGAAGGCCUUCUGCCAGUCGGAAAGCGCGGCGCUGCCUCUGGUUCUGGCCAGCGCCCCCUGCUGGCAGUGGGCGUGUCUGCCGGAAAUCUAUGCCCUGCUGCGGCAGUGGGCAUGUCUGGGUUACCUGGACGCUCUGGGGCUGCUGCACGCAUCGUUUCCGGAUCAGGAGCUGAGGAGGACGGCGGUCCAGUGGAUGGACUCCAUAUCAGACCCGGAGCUGCUGGACUUUCUACCUCAGCUGGUUCAGGCUCUGAAGUACGAGUGCUACCUGGACAGCUCUCUGGUCCGCUUCCUCCUACGGAGAGCCAUCGGGGACAUUCGCAUUGCUCACUACCUGUUCUGGCUGCUGAAGGACAACCUGCAGGACAGCCAGUUCAGCGCUCGCUAUCAGCACCUGCUGGCCGCCCUGCUGUGCUGCGUGGGCCGAGCUCUGAGAGACGAGUUUGACCGGCAGUGCUGGCUCGUCUCCAUCCUCACCCAGGUGGCCCAGAAGGUCCGGGACGCCACGCCCUCCAGCCGACAGAGUGUCCUGAGAGAGAGUCUGGAUGAGAUGAAGCAGUUCUUCUUGGUAAACAGCUGCUGCAGGUUACCUCUGAACCCAGCGCUGUUCGUCUCAGGAAUCAACAUCCAGUCUUGUUCCUUCUUCAACUCCAACGCCGUUCCUCUGAAACUGUCCUUCCAGAACCUGGACCCCCGCGGAGACAACAUCAAUGUCAUCUUCAAGUCAGGAGACGACCUGCGACAGGACAUGCUGACCCUGCAGAUGAUCCGCAUCAUGAACAAGAUCUGGAUCCAGGAGGGGCUGGACAUGAGGAUGGUCAUCUUCAAAUGCUUCUCCACAGGCAGAGGACGAGGUGAGGCAACAGGCGAACACCUGGUCAGCAGGUGGAAAACAGGUAUGGUGGAGAUGAUUCCUCACUCGGACACCUUGAGGAAGAUCCAGGUGGAACAUGGAGUCACGGGAUCCUUCAAGGACCGGACGCUGGCCGACUGGCUGCAGAAACACAACCCGACUGACGAGCAGUACGACAAGGCAGUGGAGAACUUCAUCUACUCGUGCGCCGGCUGUUGCGUGGCGACCUACAUCCUGGGAAUCUGUGACCGCCACAACGACAACAUCAUGCUGAAGACGAGCGGCCACAUGUUCCACAUCGACUUCGGGAAGUUCCUGGGACACGCCCAGAUGUUCGGCAACAUCAAGCGGGACCGCGCCCCCUUCGUCUUCACCUCCGACAUGGCGUACGUCAUCAACGGGGGAGACAAACCUUCCAGCCGCUUCCACGAGUUUGUUGACCUGUGCUGCGAGGCGUACAACCUGAUCCGCAAACACACACACCUGUUCCUCAACCUGCUGGGCCUGAUGCUCUCCUGUGGGAUUCCUGAACUGUCAGAUCUGGACGAUCUGAAAUACGUCUACGACGCUCUGAGGCCUCACGAGUCGGAGGCUGAUGCCACCACCUACUUCACCAGGCUGAUCGAGUCCAGUCUGGGCAGCGUCGCCACCAAGCUGAACUUCUUCAUCCAUAACCUGGCCCAGAUGAAGUUCGCCUCGUCAGAGGACCGACCCGCGCUGUCCUUCGCUCCCCGGAUCCACACGGUGAGGAGCGACGGUGUCAUCAAGAACCUCUACAUCUGCAGACACAUCCGCUCUGCCAACAAGGGCUAUGCGUUUGUGGUGAAGGUGGAGCGUGACGCUCAGCAGGAGGUGCAGCUGGUUCAGAGGACCUUCGAGGAGUUCCAGGAACUUCACAGCAAACUGCGGCUCGUCUUCCCCUCCUCCAAGCUGCCCAGUUUCCCCAGCCGCUUUGUGAUUGGCCGUUCCCGAAGUGAGGCGACGGCGGACCGGAGGAAAGACGAGCUGAACGGCUACGUGUGGCACCUGAUCCACGCGGCGCUGGAGGUGGCUCAGUGUGAUCUGGUCUACACGUUCUUCCACCCUCUGUCCAGAGACGAACGAACCGCAGGAGGCAGCAGCAAACCUGCAGAGGUGUUGUGGUCUCCAGCUGCAGGAACGGAGCUCGGAGAGGUCAAGCUGUCCAUUUCCUACAAGAACGAUAAGCUGUUCAUCAUGGUGAUCCACAUCAGAGGCCUGCAGCCCCUCCAGGACGGCACCGACCCGGACCCGUACGUGAAGCUCUACCUGCUGCCCGACCCCCAGAAGACGGGCAAGAGGAAGACCAAGGCAGCGCGGCGCACCUGUAACCCCACCUACAACGAGAUGCUGGUGUACGAUCGGAUCCCGCGGGGGGACCUGGACCAGAGGGUGAUCCACCUGAGGGUUCUGAGCGACGGAUCCUUCUGGGAGAACACGCUGCUGGGGGAGACCUUCAUCUCCCUGACCAGGCUGGUCCCGGGUCAGCACUGGGUCGACUGGCACCGCCUGGAUCGAACGGGCUCAGACUCCACCCACUGACGGACGGGAAGCAAAGGGAUGUCCUUUCAAAAUAAAAGCUGCUGUAGAUUUGAGGACUGUGGCAGUUUUCUAUCAAGAACAUUUGAGAUGAUUUUAUGUCAGUUUGAAGCUGGACUACAAUGAUGGAUCUGCUGCUGCUGAGUGGUUCUGGUUCCGCUCAGAACCAUAGAAUAACGAACUGGACUUUUAACAAAGAACCUGCAGGAACUGGGAGCAUUUUCCAGGAAACAAGCUGGUGAAUGACUGAAUCGGUUCAGUGUCGAAGGGUUCGGACCCUCUGAGGUCAGCAGAAGUUCUGCUGGUUCCGGACCGUUUUAUGGCCUUCUGGGACGGUUUCUCUGUUUUAGCGCUGUAGACCAGAUGAAUGUGGCAGCUGCAGGACUGGGACGUCCAGCUGGCAGGCAGAGUGUGAUUGGGCGUUUCUCAGCUAUAAGCUCUGAUUGGCUGAAGCUGCCUGUGACCCCGCCCCCUGGACAAACAAGCUCUGCUCUGCUUGCAGCUGUGGGUUUCCCAGCUCAAAGCAAACAGGUAGCAGGUUGCUGCUGUUACCAUGACAACUGAAGCUAUCAGUGUAACCAUGUGACCCUCCAUAAACAUGAGACAUACUUUUAGAAUGAAUUGUACCCAUGGUUUUAUAAAGCAGAGCCUGGUAAAGGUGAGGGCAAUGAGGCUCCGCCCACCUAAUAUUCCAGUGAGCAGCUUCCGCUUGAUCAGACUGAACCUUGAACAUAAAAAUGUGAGAAGUUUCUUUACCUGGAUUUUUUUUAUUAUUAUUAUUAUUUGCACUAAAAACAAUAAACUUGAAGUGAAAAAGUGAA